AUUUUGACUCGAGGUAAAAAAUGAUCAAUCUCUAUUUAUUUAUGUAAAUAUUUAAAAUACUGCUCAAAAAAUAAACUGCUAUGUCCAAUGUUAAGUUGCCUAAAAUUCGCUCCACAGAAGCUUUUCAAGCACGCAAUUGGAAGCAACUUAGUAAAAAGGAUCUGCAAAAGUUGGAUCCUGUACAAAGAAGUCGCUAUUUAGCAUAUGAAGAUGCUUCAAAGCAAGCAACACAGGCAAUGAUGGAGGCUCGCAGGAGGAUUCAUGAAAAGAAAAAAGAUAAACCAAAAUAUGAAACGUUUAACAACUUACAAGAUGACGAAAGAGAAAGACACGCAGUACUUAUUGGUCAGUUGAAAGCUGCAGAAGCUCGUAAUCGCAUAAGAUUGAUGAGACUUCGCUAUACCAACAACAAGGCUUCAGAAAUGAACAAUUUGAUAGCAUGUCAGCCUUCAGCUAUUAAAGCAGUUCGAUUACAGUGCCUUGUACCUCCUCAUACUGAAAAUAUAGUGAUAAGAGAUUUACUGGGCCAAGAUGAGCUUUCACGAGUUGAUGAGUUACUGGAAGAUGAAUUGAACCUAACAACAAAUCGAUUGCUGAGUUGACACACUUAGUGGGGAAGAAGAGGGCAUCUUUUAGUAUACAUUACCUCCCAAGUGAAAGGAAAACUGGCUUUUAUUGACCAGAACUGUUUUUGCAUUAGCUUCCACCAACUCUAACAGCAGUGACACUGGUGUGUUGUUAAAUAAAAACAAUUGCAAAAAUUGAACAAGCUAUCCAAAAGUUUUCAUUCACAUCUUCUGGAAGCUUUUCUUUUGAAAGAAGAUGUGGCUUUGUCUGCAUCAUAUUUUAUUAGAUGGGGUUGAGGAAGGGUAAUGUAUGUCAUUUAAUAAAUAAGGAACAGCUGACAAUUUGAAUAAUCAAAUUCCAAAUACACAAGAUAAAUCAGAAAGGUAUGUUUUAAAAAAACAUGAUAAGUUGAAAUUGUACAUUUUUGACUUUGUUUUAAAGUUGUCAUUGUCUUUCAUCACAAAAAUAGAGCAAUAAUAAUGAUAGACUGAUAAAUACUGGUGGCAACAAUCUCAGGUGGUGCUGAAAAGUAUAUAUUAUUACUGAAAUGCUGGUGCUUCGAUGGAUAGACUUUAUGUAAAGAGUUGUUUUUUUAAUUGCUAACAUUUGCCAUGUAUCAUUCUCUGUGAAUGAAAUUGAUGUGGAUCACUGGAAAAAGCCCAGUUCAAUCUGCCUGAACUGGCUGGAGUCAUUAACCUUCACCUAAAACUUUCAUCUUGUCCAGUUUUGGCCACUUGCUUGGCCCUCUAUUGAUGACGUCACUGAACUAUGGCUGCUUUGCAGUCUGUAAAUCUUCGUGAAUUUGAACAUGGUAAUUAUAGAAGUAAAAGAAGUAACUAACCCAAAAUGAUGUGGCUAGUAUAGUAUGGGUUACAAAGUGAAUUUAUUAUGCAUUGUUAUGUAGAUAGAUUUUCGUGAAGGGUUGUAAUUCUUUAUUUAGUACGUAUUACGUGUACAGGAAGUCUAUUAUUUUCAUCAUUUCUUACUGCUGAAUGCGGAUAACUGCACCGUGUACUGUAUUCAAAACUUGCAGUUAACUAUAAUUCUAAGAAAGCAAACUGUGCAAAUGCAAAUAAAUGUGUACAUAAUAUAGUGCUUGAUCUUGUGAGAGGCAUUUGAAAUAAAAUCUAGGAUGUGGUA